AUGGCCUUCACUUUCGCUGAAGAAGAAGUAUUGUCGCCUCCGGAACAUUCGGAAUCAAUAUCUGGAACCUCGACACUGAAGCCGAGCACAACAAGACUCACGACAGAGUCUUUUCUCGAUGGAGAAACGCUCCGUUCGAGAUCAGGCUCUUUCAACUCAUCUGUUAACACGGUGGUCAGGUCUCGAGCAGGCUCAGACUUGCCUGUAUAUGAUGGCAUUCACCCUUCGGAAGCACUAAGCCCGGACCGGCAAUAUGAACAGGACUUCCAGAUAGAGGAUAAUAAGUUUGCGUUUUCGCCAGGGCAGCUGAAUAAAAUGUUAAACCCCAAGUCCCUUGCAGCUUUCAAGGCUCUGGGCGGCCUGCCAGGCUUGGAGAAGGGUCUUCAGACGAACAUGGUGGCGGGGCUAUCGGUUGACGAGAAACAAGUUCAUGGCAGAGUCACAUUCGACCAAGCAACGACACCCUCGAGCAAAGGUCCAGCAAACCUGACAUAUAGCACAAGCAUAUCUUCCGGUUCGCCUUUCGAGGAUCGCAUCCGGGUCUUCGGCCAGAACCGUCUGCCUGCCCGGAAAACAAACGGGUUUUUGAAGCUCUUCUGGCAAGCAUAUAAUGAUAAAAUCAUCAUACUACUAACAAUAGCGGCGAUAGUUUCGCUUUCUCUGGGGAUAUACGAGACUGUCAGCGACGGCUCAGGAGUUGACUGGAUUGAGGGGGUUGCGAUAUGUGUGGCCAUUCUCAUUGUUACAACCGUGACAGCUGCGAAUGAUUGGCAAAAGGAAAGACAAUUCUCCAAACUCAACAAGCGGAACAAUGACAGGUCGGUCAAGACGAUCCGCUCGGGCAAGUCUUGCAUGAUCUCUAUCUUUGACGUCACCGUCGGUGACAUCCUCCAUCUGGAGCCUGGCGAUGCGAUUCCAGCCGAUGGAGUCCUGAUAUCCGGCCACGGUGUGAAGUGCGAUGAGUCUUCUGCCACUGGGGAAUCCGAUCAAAUGAAGAAGAUGAGCGGGCACGAAGUCUGGCAGCGUCUCCUGGAUGGAACAGCCACCAGCAAGCUCGAUCCCUUCUUGAUCUCCGGCAGCAAGGUGCUUGAAGGCGUCGGCACCUAUCUCGUCACCAGCGUUGGGCCGUAUUCUACCUAUGGUCGAAUUCUCUUGUCCCUGCAGGAGUCGGAUGACCCGACACCCUUGCAGGCCAAGUUGGGAAAGUUGGCAAACUGGAUUGGAUGGCUGGGAGCUGGUGCCGCUACCGUUCUAUUCCUUGCUCUCUUGGUUCGAUUCCUGGUUCACCUGCCGAAUAACUCGGCCAGCCCGGCAGCCAAGGGACAAGAGUUUGUAGAUAUCCUCAUUGUUGCCGUCACGGUUAUUGUCGUUGCUAUUCCAGAGGGUCUUCCAUUGGCUGUGACUCUAGCUCUUGCAUUUGCCACAACUCGCAUGGUAAAGGAGAAUAACCUCGUCCGAGUCCUUCGUGCCUGCGAGACUAUGGGUAACGCAACGGUCAUCUGCUCGGAUAAGACUGGCACUUUGACGCAGAAUAAGAUGACGGUAGUCGCAGGCACUUGGGGGUCUGAUGGGAGUUUUCAUCAGCUCGAGGAAGGCCAUCCUGCAUCCAUGCACAUCUCUGGAUUCCUCAAGAACUGUUCCGCGGCCGUCAAGGAUCUAGUUGUCAAGAGCAUUGCUCUCAACUCGACUGCUUUUGAGGAAGAGAAGGAUGGAUGCAAACAGUUUCUCGGCAGCAAGACAGAAGUCGCCUUGUUACAACUUGCAAAAGACUAUUUCGGAAUGGAUGUUGCUGUUGAGCGUGCGUCUGCGGAAACCGUCCAGUUUAUUCCAUUUGACUCGUCCCGCAAAUGCAUGGGUAUUGUCUAUCGCGAACCAUCAAUGGGGUACCGUCUACUUGUCAAGGGAGCCUCUGAACUGAUGCUAGCGAGCUGCUCUGCCAUCAUUGCUGAUACAGAGAAAACGGGCGUUCACAUUUCACAGCUCUCGAGCGAGAGGAGACGGAAAGUUCACGCUGCAAUAGGCUCAUACGCCAAUCAAUCUCUCCGAACUAUCGGAAUGGCGUACCGGGAUUUCCCUUGCUGGCCUCCACCAAACGCACAGACCUUAGAGGAUGAUCCCAGCAUGGUCCGAUUCGAGGACAUCCUUGGCGACAUGACAUGGAUUGGCGUCGUUGGCAUCCAGGAUCCCUUGCGUCCUGAAGUCCCCGCUGCAAUUCAGAAAUGCCGCGCGGCUGGCGUCCAGGUGAAGAUGGUCACGGGCGAUAACAUUGCGACCGCGACGGCGAUUGCCACGUCCUGUGGUAUCAAGACUCCAGAUGGGCUGGUCAUGGAAGGCUGCCACUUUCGCCAGCUUUCAGACGCGGACAUGGACGAGGUUGUUCCCCGUCUGCAGGUUCUGGCACGCUCCUCCCCGGAUGAUAAGCGCAUUCUCGUCGAGAAACUGAAGCGGAUAGGUGAAACUGUAGCCGUCACCGGUGAUGGUACCAACGAUGGUCCGGCUUUACGGGCUGCUGAUGUUGGCUUCUCCAUGGGAAUCGCAGGGACGGAGGUGGCCAAAGAGGCGAGCUCUAUCAUCCUGCUGGACGAUAACUUCAAGUCAAUUGUCACUGCAAUUGCUUGGGGGAGAGCUGUCAACGAUGCAGUUUCGAAGUUUCUCCAGUUCCAAGUAACUGUGAACAUCACUGCGGUCAUCCUGACUUUUGUAUCAGCGCUUUCCAGUAAUGAGAAUGAGAGCGUGUUGACGGCCGUGCAGCUCCUAUGGGUGAACUUGAUUAUGGACACAUUUGCCGCUCUGGCCUUGGCAACCGACGCACCCACGGAGAAGAUUCUGGACCGAAAGCCCGUCUCCAAGAAUGCUUCCCUAUUCACCAUAACGAUGUGGAAGAUGAUCCUGGGACAGGCCGUCUACCAGCUUGCCAUCACGUUUAUGCUCUACUUUGCCGGAGCCCGUCUCUUUGGCUUUGACCUGAGUGAUGCCCACCAGCAACGCGAACUGGACACGAUUGUGUUCAAUACAUUUGUGUGGAUGCAGAUAUUCAACGGAUUCAACAACCGUCGACUGGACAACAAGCUCAACAUUUUCGAAGGCAUCUUUCAAAACUACUGGUUUCUCAGCAUCAACGCCAUCAUGGUCGGUGGCCAGAUCAUGAUCAUCUUCGUCGGCGGUGACGCGUUCCAGGUGACCCCUCUCACCGGCUUGCAGUGGGGGGUUUGUAUUCUCUGCGCCAUCUGCUGCCUUCCCUGGGCUGUUGUGCUGCGAAUAGUCCCCGACAGACAUUUUGCCGUUGUCUUCAACGGCGUUGUCAAGUGCAUCAAUUUAAUCCUGUGGCCGUUCCAGAAAUCGCUGGAGAUGACAGUAUACCCUGUCCAGCGGUUCACUUCGCGUCUUCGCAAGAAAGAGCAGACCAAGCUCUAUACUUUUUCUGACGAAGAGGCAUCUGUCUCAGUCAGUAUGAGUAUGAACUUGGAGUCUCCUCCUGCUCCUGAGAAUGCAGUUGUGCGGCCGCCAACUGCCGUGCCUCCUAUUACAAUCACUCCAUCUUGA